CAGGACUCGAGGAUAGGAGCAGCUUUGAAAAUCACCAUGCUUUUUAUACUAGCUAUCUUAUCCUUGCUAAGUGAUCAAGUUUUCUUAACUCCUGUGCAAAAUGAUGACUUAUUUCAGUAUAUUAAUGAUCAUCAGAAUGAAUAUAUUCAGAGACUGAAGAACUGGGUGGCAAUAGAAAGUGACUCCAGUGAUCCUUCAAAGAGAGACCAAGUUCAGAUCAUGAUGGAAGUUACAAGGGACUAUAUUUUGAACAUAGGUGGACACGUGGAGAUGGCAGAAAUUGGUGAUCAAGAGUAUUCCCCAGGUAUAACACUCCCACUGCCACCAGUUAUCCUUGCGCAUAUUGGAAAUGAUACAAACAAGCCUACGGUGUGUUUCUACGGACAUAUGGAUGUACAACCUGCAAAGAAAGAGGAUGGCUGGAAAACAGAACCAUAUACUCUUGUAGAGAAGAAUGGAAACCUGUUUGGCAGAGGCACUUCUGAUGACAAAGGACAAAUUCUGGCUUUGCUGCAUGGAGUGGAAUCCGUUAAGAAAAUUGGUCUACCAGCAAAUGUGAAGCUUGUGAUUGAGGGAAUGGAGGAAGUAGGGUCACAAGGUCUUGAAAAAAACUUGUUGAGGACAAAAAAGACACCUUUUUCUCGGAUAUUGACUACAUUGUAGUGACAGAUACUCCCUGGCUUAGUAAGAAGCCAGGCAUCACUUAUGGUGCUAGAGGAAACUGCUACUUUCUUCUAGAGGUUGAGGGUGCAAGGCGUGACUUACACUCUGGAGGUUUUGGAGGAACAGUUUAUGAGGCCAUGAGUGACCUAAUUUAUUUACUAGGUCAGCUUGUGGAUGUUGAAGGUAAAAUCCUGAUUCCGGGUAUUUAUAACGAUGUCUUACCUCUCACGGAACAAGAAAAAGAAUUAUACAAGAACCUUGAAUUCAACCUUGAUGAUCUGAAAGCUGAUACAGGAGCGAAACAGUUUCUUCAUGAAACAAAGGAGGAAAUACUCAUGUACAGAUGGCGAUAUCCUUCUUUAUCAAUCCAUGGCAUUGAAGGAGCUUUCUCUGGAUCAGGAACAAAAACUGUAAUUCCUGCAAAAGUUAUAGCCAAAUUCUCCAUUCGUCAAGUUCCCAAUAUGAAUCCAUCUGUUGUAGAAAAACAGGUAGCAGAUUACUUGGAAAGUAAAUUCUCUGAACGUAAGAGUCCAAAUAAAAUGAAAUUAACCAUGGUUAUUGGAGCACAGCCCUGGCUAGCCAAUAUGAAUGCCCCUCUAUAUGUGGCUGCCCAGAAAGCAGUCAAAAAAGUGUUCAACAUUGAUGCAGAUAUGAUCCGUGCUGGAGGAACAAUUCCAAUAGCCAAAAGGUUAGAGGAAAUUUUAGGAAAACCUGUCAUGUUACUUGGAAUUGGAGGGCCAGAUGAUGCUCCACAUGGACAGAACGAGAAGAUAAGCAAGUACAACUACAUUGAAGGAACAAAAUUAUAUGGAUCUUUUCUUCAAGAAAUUGCAAAAGUCUGA